GUAGCAUUCAUCCUAAUAGUGGCAUGUUUGAUAUUUGGCGAUAUUAUUGGUGAUAUGUAGUUCUAAUUUCACGAGAACUUAAGUUCACAUUGGACCAUGCCUACUACUCAUAAUAAUCUUUUGAGGGUUACGAAAAUGUUCAUAUAGAAUCAAUGGAGUGCGAAUCUUCGAAGGUUGUCAGUCUUCAGGAAGCCUUAAGGACAAAUCCUAGUACUUCAAUUGAAAGUGAAUCAACUUUAAACGAUCAAACACAGUCUGUAAGUAAACAUGAAGAACUAAAAGACAAGGGAAAAGAUGUUGGUGGACAAUCCGAAUCAACAAAAGCUAGUCCAGGCUCAUUCACUCCCAACUCCGGUAUUAUCUCAUCACUCCAAACGUCAUGUUCACCAACAAGCACUAUACAAGGGCACUCAUUUAUAAGACGAACAUUACACAAACCAGCAUACUGUCACCAUUGUGGCGAGGUUAUAUGGGGCCUUCUAGGUAGUGGUUUUCAAUGUGAAAUUUGCAACUUACUUGCACAUGAACGUUGUCAAACCGUCGUGAGUUCUCCAUGUACAUCUGUUGCACCUCUUCAUAUAAAGUCUCCAGUAUCUCAUUGUUGGUCUGAUGUGGGUCAUUUCAAACGGAAAUUUUGCAAUGUUUGUCGAAAGCGCUUGGAGGAUAGUCUUUCUGUAAGAUGUGAAGUUUGUGAAUAUUAUUGUCAUGUGGAUUGUCAAGAUUAUUCUAUCAAUGACUGUAAACAAGGUGCAACAUGUUCACCAGGAAAACCUGUGUGUUCGCCACGUCAAACUCAUCACUGGAGGGAGGGAAAUUUACCAACCAAUUCCAAGUGUUUCAUAUGUCGCAAGACAUGCUGGUCAUCUGAAUGUCUUACAGGUUAUCGUUGUCAAUGGUGCGGUAGAACUAGUCAUGCAGGAUGUAUAGAGAAAGUGGAUGAUGAGUGUGAUUUCGGUCCUUUACGAGAUAUCAUGUUACCUUCAUUCUGUGUUAGCCUUCCACGGAUGAAUAUUCCUAUUGAACAUGUGAUUGGAGUAACUAAACGUCCACGAGGUCGAGCUAUUUCAGCUGAUUGGUCAAGCAGUGGAGAAAGCAAAGAGGAUAGUUGGCACGAUACACGAUCUCCAAGAGAAACUAUAGACCGUGCUAGUAGUGAUGAAUAUGUAUGUGUAUUCGAUGGUGUCGGAGCCUUAAAGAGACGUUCAUGUCGAAGUUUCAGUUUUUCUAAAUCAAUGUCUACUUAUUCGGCAGUUAAACGGUUUUUGAAAACAUUUCAUUUAGCUGGUACGCCUGAUUAUUACAAUGUGUAUGAAGUGAAUGAACAUGAUGGGACUGAAAACAAACUUAAUUAUCAUGUCAAUCUUCGUAGUCAGUUGAGAUUUGAUUUGAAGCAACCUUCCAUAUUGAUUCGAUCUAAAGAACCGGAGGAAUCAACGAUUACCAUUAAAGUGUACGCUGGAGAUUUACGCUUACUACUUGCUCCUCAUGUACCUCCAUAUGAAGAGGUGACUAUUAAUUCCGAAACUACUGCAUCCAAAGUGGUUGCAAUGGCUUUGCAUAAUUUUGGUUGUGGACAUAUGAGCCCAGAUGACUGUUAUUUAAGCAGUGUUUGUGUUGAUCGUACAGUUAGUGAACAAUUAUUAAAUAAAGAUGAUCGUCCAAUGCUGCUGCUUGAUCAGUUACGUGAAGAAUCAGCUAGAAUAUCACAAUUCACUCGAUUCGAAUUACGUUUUGUUGAAGAUCCCCCUAUCGGUCCUAGCGUCUCCUUGUUUGUAGGUAAUCUUAAAGAAAACCUAUCACAACGAUUGUAUGAACGUGUAUUAUUAGACAAAUUAGGUGAGAAAUGUCGUUGGGAUUCAAUUGAAGUAAUAUAUUAUGAAAGUGGUUGUCUUGUUUUAAAUUAUCACUCAAGUGAAAAAGCUGAACAAGCUUAUGAAUUAUUAAAUGAAUCUAUAUUUAUGAAUAAACCAAUAACUGCUCUACUUCUCCCAACAAUUCACCCACAAAAUUUACCUAAAGGAAUUCAACCACUUUUAGUAUUCGUCAAUUUAAAAUCUGGCGGUUGUCAAGGUGUCGAUUUAAUUGUUGCUUUUCGUCGAUUACUCAAUCCAUUUCAAGUAUUUAACCUUGAUUAUGGUGGUCCUUUACCUGGUCUAUAUUGCUUUCGUCAUUUAGCCUCAUAUAAGAUUCUUGUUUGUGGUGGAGAUGGUACAGUAGGAUGGACAUUGUCAUGUUUGGAUAUUGUUGGACAGGAUGCAGCAUGUAACGCUCCUCCUAUUGCUCCUCUUCCUCUUGGGACUGGUAAUGAUCUAUCUCGUGUUCUUCGAUGGGGUUCUGGUUAUUCAUCAGCUGAUGAUCCUCUAACUAUUUUAAAGGAUGUAGUUGCCGCUGAAGAAGUGAAGUUAGACCGAUGGACGUUGAUUGUUCGACCAGAAGAAGAUUUUAAAGAUGAAACAAAAUUAGCUUUAGAAUUACAAACCAAUGCAUCGAAUACAAAUGAAGAUAAUUCAAUUAUGAUUAUUAUGAAUAAUUAUUUUGGCAUCGGUAUAGAUGCUGAUUUAUCAUUAGAUUUUCAUAAUGCGCGUUCAGAGAAUCCAUCAAAAUUCAAUAGCCGUAUUCACAAUAAAGGUGUUUAUUUUAAAAUUGGUUUAAGAAAAAUGAUUAAUCGAACUAUUUGCAAAGAUUUACACAAACAAAUUGUGGUUAUUGCUGAUGGGAAAAUUGUCAUAUUACCACCAAUUGAAGGUCUAGUUGUAUUAAAUAUUCUUUCUUGGGGUGGUGGAGCUAAUCCAUGGAAUGUGGAAAAACAUGAUGAUGAAUUUGUUAAACCUACACAUUAUGAUGGUUUACUUGAAGUUGUUGGUAUUUCUGGUGUAGUUCAUAUGGGACAAAUCUAUUCUGGUCUUGGCACUGGGAUUCGUCUUGCUCAAGCAGCACAUUUGAAAAUUUGGCUUAAAUCUGAGCUUCCUAUUCAAGUUGACGGCGAACCAUUUAUUCAUCCACCUGGUCAAAUUACUGUACUACGUUCCGCAUUGAGUGCCAAUAUGUUAAGAAAGGUUAAACGACCUAAACGAAGACCUGGUACAGAGGACUAUGGGUUGAAUCAAUUAUCAUCUACUACAGAUCAGCAGUAUCAAAAUUCAAUACAACAAUAUUCAACCAUCAGAUUGCAUGAUUUCAAUUCAUCAUCUGAUUAUUCAUCUUUAAGUGUGAUACAUAAUAUAAAGGAAGAUUUACAUCUUCCUAUAAAUAAGUUAAAUAUGGAUCCAUUCAUUUCUGAUACACCUACUUAUAGUAAACCAAUCAUUAAUUUAACAUCAAAACCAAUUUAUAAUAAGGUUAAUACACCAACCAAUACUGUACAGUCAUCAACAGUGUCUGUAAUACAUUCAAAUGAUAACGACAAUAGUCAGCUAAUAGCUGAUGAUACUGCCGCUGUUUAUUAUCAAGGAAGCCUUACAAACACUUUAAAUCAAUUAAGUUUAGGCAGUAAUAUUCGCAGUCAAGAAGUAUUAUCGUCUUCUUCUUCUGUCAAUCUUUCUUCAUCAUUAAUACGUAUAUGCUCGUACACAACACUAUCAGGUGAUGAAAGUGUGUAAAAUUCAUUCCUUUUCUUAAUCGGAUGAAAAGAUAUCUAUUUUUAUAUUUUUAUGAAUUAUACUGCAUGUGUUCGUCGGAAAAAAAACACUAAGCAAGACCAUUGUAAUAAUAUAUGCAAGCUGUAUAAUGUAACUUUAUUAUUUCAUUUCUUUUAGUAAUGUCAUUUCGAAUUUUCCUUUUUUAUUUUAAAGAUAGGUUUGUCCUUUUCGAGACAUAUAUAUUUGUUUCUUUUUGUAAAUUCCAUUAUAUAUUAAGUCGUCUUUGAUGUCAUCGAAUAUUCUCAUCCAUCUUGUUUUAUUCUCGCUAAUAUUUCCCUCUUCUGUACUUCCCUCCUUUCCAACGGGGUGUGCAUCUUUUAAUGGGAGAGUACUUGUUUUAUUUGUUCAUCUGUACAUGUGCGUGUGUUCAGUUUCAAAAACAGGUAGGAAUACUUAAUUAUUGUUGUCAUUUUGAUUAUCUACUUAUUAGCAGUGUUAUUAGUAGUAUACAUAGCAACAAUAAAUUAUUAAAUUCAAACUGUUGUUACGGUAUAAUUUAAUCAGUCAUUACCAUUAUUGAGUCGCGUUUUUUAAAAUUAGAUUAUUUGUUUGUUAGUAGAAUUUCCAUUAUAUUUUACUCAUUAUUAUAUUGUUACGAAGAUUAAAAAAAAGUUAAUCAUAGUCUAUUGUAAACUAAUUUUCAUCAAUGUAUUCAAAUAUAUAGUGGGGUAAAUAAUCAAUCAUGAGCCGUAGUUUUACAGGUUAGCGUUUUUAUGUCAAUUCGUCUAUUGUAAUUUUGGUAGUUCCAUUGUACAUUGUUCUUAAUGAAGUAGAUUUGAUGUGUGCUUGUUAAAUAUUGGUCACUUACUUGUAUUUGUCCUUUAGUUCAUGCGCACGAGUGUUCAUGGAAAGUGAAAGUAGUUGUUUUCUUCAAUCGCAUAAUUCUAAACCAAAGUGUGAUGUAAUCUAAAUGCUACACGUCUUGUGUCGUAUUCGUUUAAUGACUAUUCCGAGGUGUGUUAUAGGUAAACAAUACUUACAAUAAUUAGCCCCCAAAUGCCCUGGUAUGGCCGAGAGCGGGGUGGGCCCUCCCUCCCUCUUUCACACGGCCACGCG